UCAAACAACCCUUUUAACUUUUCUCUCUACUUUUGCUGGAUAUGUAGCAAAAUUUGGUGAAAAUUUACUACACUUUUCAAUGGGAAAGAAGGGAGGCACCUCAUGGUUAACAGCAGUCAAGAUGGCCUUCUGGUCUCCUGACAAAAAGAGCGGGAGGAGGAAAGUAGAUCAUCAACGAAGAGAAGAUGAGGAUGAAAAGAAGGAGAAGAGAAAAUGGCUGUUCAGGAAGGCUUCCAAUCAAGCUCACCAAGAGAGUGAAGCAAAGGUAGCAGCUGCAAAUAGUAGUGUUCUCUUACCUACUGAGCAGAGGCAUGCCAUUGCCAUGGCGGCAGCCACGGCCACAACAGCUGAAACUGCCGUAGCUACAGCUAAAGCUGCGGUGGAGAUAAUUCGGUUAACCGGCCAGCAAUCCAAGAUGGAUUCGAAUUCGAAUUCAUUUAGAAGACACUCUGCAGCCAUACUCAUUCAAACAGCUUUUAGAGGAUACCUGGCAAGGAGGGCUCUUGUUGCACUCAGGGGGAUUGUAAAACUUCAAGCUUUAAUCAGAGGACAGAAUGUGAGGAAACAAGCAAAGAUGACACUAAGAUGCAUGCAGGCUCUACUCCGAGUUCAGGCUCGUGUUCGCGAUCAACGUGCACGGCUUUCCCACGAUGGAGGCCGGAGGUCCAUGUUCGCCGAAACCACCAACUUGUGGGAAUCUAGGCACCUAAAAGACAUCAGAGACAGGAAGUCCAUGUCUAGAGACAGAACCUGUAUUAUCGAUGAUUGGAGGGACUGCCCACACACACUAGAAGAACUCAAAACAAUCUUGAAAGCCAGAAACGAAGCUGCUUCAAAUAAUGAUCAAAAGUCUCUGGCUUAUGCUUUCUCUCAACAGAUAUGGGAUUGUGAUUCAAAUCCAUAUGCAGAAGAAGAACAUGAGCCAGAGGAAGACAGUACGAAUUGGCUAGAUAGCUGGAUGAGCAGAGACUCCACAGAUCAUAAAAGAGAUUCAAUCAAGAACGUUGAAAUCGAUACCUCAAAUAUGAAUCUUCCCUCUAGAAAUUCACACUACCGUAGUCCAAUCCACAGACAAUCAUUCCCAAAUUUUGCUGCUUCUCCCCACCAUAGUUCAGUUUACAAUGUCCCUAGAGUCCCACAGCCAAUUACGCCAUCUCCAAUAUCCAAAACCAGAUACCUACAAGUGCGUUCAGCAAGCCCUAGAUGCUUAAAGGAGGAAAAAAGCUACUCAACAGCAAAUACUCCAAGCUUACGCUCCACUAGUACUCACCGCAUUAGCAGUAGUAAUUACCGCUACAAUAAUUGUACAAAUGAGGCUGCCGGAAAUGCUGCAAUCCCUAGUUACAUGGCGGCAACUGAAUCCGCAAAAGCUCGAAUUCGAUCGCAAAGUGCUCCACGACAAAGGCCCUUCACGCCGGAAAGAGAUAGAAGCGGAUCGGCGAAGAAACGGCUGUCUUACCCGAUACCCGACCCGCAUUUUCUGAAUGUCGGGUUUAGGUGUCCAAUCAGUAUAAGCCAGAAUUUAAGAAGUCCCAGCUUCAAAAGUGUUCAAGCAGGCUAUGUAGGAAUGGAGCAACAGUCAAAUCGAUCUGAUAGCAUUGGUGGAGAAAUUUCUCCAUGUUCAACUACUGAUUUGAGAAGGUGGUUAAGAUGAGUUUCCCUGCUUAAUUCCGAGAAAAUUAGCUAAAAAAAUCUUUGAGCCCUAAUUGUUGUGUUUUUCCCAAUUUGAUAGAAGAACGAGGCAGCAAGAGUGUGUGAUAUCUUUGUCCUGGGUUUUUAGCUAAAAGUAGAAGUGAAGAAGUUGGAUAUUCUUAUGGUUUCCUUUUCCAAGCUUAUCUAAUUUUCCAUAGAGUUCAUUUAGAUAUGGCAAUUGAUUUUAUUUUU